AUGGGGGGCCCAAAUCUCGAAGUUUUCAAGUUUGGCAUGUACAUCAUGUUUCCCAUCGCCAUCAUGUACUACUUCGGCACAAAUCUUGACAACCGUUUCUCCGUCCACGGAUUUUGGCCCGCUCCUGAACAAACGAACAAAGUCCCCUUUGAGAAAGACGAGAUUCAUGCCGAACUCGAGAGAUUGAAGAGCAAACGACUCGAGAAGCGUGAUAGGAGACUUGCUGCUGAAGCGCAAAUGAACGGACAAGCUGGAGAGGAAUAG